UGCGAAGCAGUCAUGGCGGCGCUGUGUCGGGCCCGUGCCGCGCCUGCCGAGAGUCAUUUUUUGCGAGUGCUUCUCUUCUCCCGGCCCUGUCGAAGCACAGGUACUGACAGUAGCUCCGGGAGCGACAACUCCGGUUCCCCGGAGUCUAAACGGCGCCCAGGCGGCUUUGCGAGCGCUUUACAGCGGCACUCGGAGCUGCGGCGGAAGACGGAGCUCGGGCCGAUGACAGACUCUCAGAAAAAUGUGGAAUCCUUUGCAUCUAUGCUGAGACAUUCACCUCUUAUACAAAUGGGACCUGCCAAAGAUAAACUGGUUAUUGGACGAAUCUUUCAUAUUGUGGAGGAUGAUCUCUAUAUAGAUUUUGGCGGCAAGUUUCAUUGUGUAUGUAGAAGACCAGAGGUGGACGGAGAGAAAUACCAGAAAGGAACCAGAGUCCGGCUGCGGCUCUUAGAUCUUGAACUUACAUCCAGGUUCCUGGGGGCAACGACAGAUACAACUAUACUGGAGGCUGAUGCCAUUCUCUUGGGACUCCAGGAGAACAGAGACUCAAAGUCAAAAGAGGAGCAUCAUGAAAAUAAAUGAACUUUGCUUACAGCAUUCACUCCUUUUUUGUGGAGCCCAGAUACUUAUCAAGAAUGAAGCAGACAACUGUAAAUGAAUAAUUGGGAAAAGAUAUAAUAAAUAAAAACUGGAAUUAUAGCUCUUAUUCGUUAGAAUUUUCCUGAAGUGUAUCUUCCUUCCUCCCCUCUUAUUUUUUCCUAGGAUUAACUAUACUGAAAAAUUUGUUAAUCAAUAAA